AGGUCGCCUUGCUCGGUGUUAAAACACCAACAAUUUCAUUUGAAAAAAAUUGACGAAAGAUGGAACGACUCAUCGCCUUUAUUUUACUGUGCGUUCUGCCAUGUUACACAAAGGCACAGACAGUCUCCUGCAUGGACCUCCUGUUUGCCGUUGACACAAGCUGCUCGGUUACGCAGGAUCAGUUAGACAUAGUACGAGAUACAAUGUUUGAGAUUGUUGACAGAACGGAAUUUAGAGUUUCUGGAAAUAGGAAUCUAGUGGCUGGGCUUACCUACAGCAAAGGCAGCCAACACGAAUUCUUCUUUGACACAUACGACAGCAAAGCAGACGUCCUAACAGCGAUCAGAAACUUCAAUAUGACACCUGCUGGUUGCAGAACCCACACGUUCAAUGCUCUGAAGGUCAUACAGGAGAACUAUUACGACCUGAUGAUGCACGGCUCCAGAGCAGAGUUUAGAGACGUGAUUGUUGUAUUUACUGAUGGUAUGACAUAUCCCAAUAGGAAACAGAAGAAGACUAAAGAGUAUGCGGCAAUGUUGAAGGCUAUGAACCCCGGCGUUAAGGUGUUCGUUGUGCAGUUAGACAACAUUGAGAAUAACGAUGGGCUCGACGAGUUUAGGAUGAUCGCAAGUGACCCAUUUUCCGAUCACAACGUGCUUCUGGAAGACGCGGAACAAGCUGCGGAGGAUCUCUUUUCUUUACUUCCAAAGGACUGCGUGGAGGAGGAAAUCAAGUGUGAGGCUGUCGUAGAUGUAGUCCUGGUCAUGGAUCGCUCCAACAGCAUUGAAAUUGAUGACCUUAAACUUUUGGUUGAUUUUUUCCGAGAACUUGCCAGUCAGUUUGAUAUUGAUACCAACGUCGCUAGGUUUGCUGCGAUAUCUUAUAACAACGCAGUCUACAAGCAUUUUCCGUUGUCUGGUCCAACAGCGCAUCAUGAUCGUAGAUCAACUAUCAACUGGAUCGUUGAAGGUAUUCCAUUGACCACUGAUAAAAACACAAGGACAGAUCUAGCGCUGGUUAAUGCAACCGAAAUCUUGGACACAGAAGGGCGCGAGGGUGUUCGCAAAAUUAUAUUUCUAGCCACUGACGGUAACACAAUCAAGGCGAAACACGCACCAGAUACAAUUGAAGCAGCAAAAGCAGCGAAGAGGAAGGGUUAUCAAAUCUUCUGUGUUGGCCUUCCAAACAACAACGGAAGAACUAAUGGGAUAGACGAAUGGCGACAGGUUGCAAGUAAACCUCUGGCAACUCAUUUGUUUACUGAUUUGGAGGACUUUGCUAGUCUUCGGAACAUAGUGGCAGAUUUAACUCAAUCCGCAUGUGCUGGAGUAUUUGAAACAGAGGAAUAACAAGGUUAAUUACCUGAUGGUGUUUGAGGAUGAAUCGGAACUUAUUAUCAGGAACAUGACAAUGGACUCAUUUUAAUAAUGACAUUUAAUUUAUAUAACUACUACCUUGGAUUUGUUCGGCGUCUAAUAGAAGCCUUCAAUACAAAAACAUGAGAAUGUGUGUUUUUGCUUUUUACUGUUUUGUUGAUAAAAAUGAGCCUGCCCGCCUUGCAUGACAGAAAGCAGUAAAUAGCAACAUGCACGAGGCUGACUUGCGAAAUCUAGAAUGAAGCAUAGUACCACUUUGUGGCAAUUAGUUGUUAAUUAUUUCAUGCGUACGUGGACUCUCUACCUCUCUUGUAUUGAAAAUAACACAUUACAUAUAAUAAAUAUAUUUAUUCGGCAAAUAUGUUCUGUAUUAUAUUUUUGUAAUUUAAAUAUGUGCUACCUCAUUUUGGCAAAAGGAUUUGCCGUAAAAAUAAUGUUAACAUAUAAUGUUAAACAAUGUUAUAAUGUUAAUGUUAAACAAAUAUAAAUAUCUAAGGAAUAACCAUGUUACGAUAGGCUGUAAUUUAAAAUGACAAAGUCCGUUAGGUCGGAAUUGCAAAUAGUAAUUUGUCGAAAUCGCCGAAUAAUACACACUCGUAUUUUUAAAGAGAAUCUCUGUGGGUCAUUAAAGGAUUGAUAUCGAUAUGGUGAACUGGAUUCAACCUUGAUUAUUUGUCUCUUAAGCCAUCUAUGGAAAACUGUUCUGUAAAUUCUGUAAAUAACACGAUCAUUUAUGUAAUUGGUCACUGAUUGACAACAAUUUUAUGUGAAAAUUAUUUAUGUAUUAUAAUUAUUGUUUGUGUGGACAAUUUUUGUUUUUAGUGCAAUUGUUU